AUGGCUGAGUUCAGAUUUUGUAGCAUUCUCUUUGGGCUGUUCUUGGUGUGGAGUAGUAAUAAUAUAGGUCUUGGAAGAGGUCAAGAUGGUGGAGGAAGAAGCGAGAUGGUGCCAGCCAUGUUCAUUUUUGGAGACUCUCUCAUUGACAAUGGGAACAACAAUAAUCUGGCUACUUUGGCUAAAGCCAACUAUUUACCUUACGGCAUUGAUUUUGAUGGCGGGCCGACUGGAAGAUUUUCGAAUGGUUAUACCAUGGUUGAUACAAUUGCUGAAUUGCUUGGACUGCCUCUAAUUCCUGCAUACACUGAUGUAUCUGGUGAUCAAAUGAGAUAUGGAGUUAAUUAUGCCUCUGCUGCUGCUGGUAUUCUUGACAUUACAGGCAGAAACUUUGUUGGCCGAAUUCCGUUCAAUCAGCAGAUUAGUAACUUUGAGAACACACUUGAUCAAAUUACAGACAUUCUUGGUGCAGCAGAUGCGGCACAGGCGCUUUCUAAAUGCAUUUUCUUUGUUGGAAUGGGCAGUAACGACUACCUCAAUAAUUACCUUAUGCCAAAUUAUCCCACAAAAGAUCAGUAUGACCCUCAAAAAUAUGCAGACCUCCUGGUUACGCAGUAUUCCCAGCAACUCAAUAGGCUUUACAACCUGGGAGCUAGGAAAUUUGUGAUUUCAGGGCUUGGUUUAAUGGGUUGCAUUCCAAGCAUUCUAGCACAAAAUUCAAAUGGUAUAUGUUCUGAGGAAGUGAACCAACUUCUCAUUCCCUUCAACACGAAUACGAAGGCAAUGAUCAACAAUCUCAGUGCUACCUUACCCGGUUCUAAAUUUUCUUACAUUGACAUUCGCAACAUGUUCCAGGAUCUCCUUACCAAUGCUGGAUCAUAUGGAUUCAGUAUUAUAAAUCAAGGGUGCUGUGGCAUUGGGAGAAACGCAGGGCAGAUUACUUGUCUUCCAUUCCAGACACCAUGUGCUGACAGGAGACAGUACAUUUUCUGGGACGCUUUUCACCCAACAGAAGCUGUAAACGUAUUAUUUGGGCAGAAGGCUUUCAAUGGAAGCAAGGAAAUGGUUUAUCCUAUGAACAUAGAGGAACUUGCCAGUGUUUGA